AGUUGUUUUAAAGAUGUGUUUUGGUUGGAGAUGGUCCACGUCUGAAUUCGGAAAAAUUUGGUGGUUGUUUGUAGUUCGUUGGUGGUUGCCUAACAACUUUCAAACUCUAUGAAUUCGAUUUUGCUUACGUAGUAGAUUGUGCAUUUGUAAGUAAACAAUUUAUUGUUAUAUCACUUUUUAGGUGGGAAUUAUGAUGAUAGAUAAAAAAUUGUUGAUCGAGCAUAAUUCGUUAGUGGUUAGCAACUGUUCUAUUUCUUUACGAAUUAAAUUUUGCUGACGAAGUAGAUUGCGCAAUUUAGAAGUGAAGAUUUUUUAUUAAUUUAUUUCUUAGAAGGCAAUCAUUAUGGUACUAGAGAUAAAGAUUAAGAAGCUAAACUUGGGUUUUGAGCUAAAGACUUAUCUUAGACAACUUGUAUCGAAAGUCUUCUUGACACAGAGGUGAUCGAGCAGUGUGUCAUCUAAGGGUCACAGGAUUAGUGGUUCUUGCAUUAAGGGAGAGCAUUGUAGAGUGGGUGUCAAGUGUCAACCCAAGUCCAACAUUGUUGGGAUAAAGAACAAUUUUUUUGAAUAUAAGUAGAAAAGUAAUUCCAUUAGUACUUAUGUUGGGAGCCCUAAAACAAAUUUGUGCGGGUGUAACAUCCCACAUCGGUUAGAUAAAAGAGUAAUUGGGUCUUUAUAUGCACAAGCAAACAACUAAUGUAUACCAAUUUGCUAGCACUUUUGGGCCGACAUGUGGUGGGUUGUUGGGUCCGGUAUGCAUCUAGUUGUGGGCUUGAGAAGCGGACAAUAUCAUACUAACGUGGGACUAGUGGGUGGUGAGUGGGACAUCAAUAUAUUGAGAAAUAAAUGUAAUAUGCGCAAUCUAUAUUAUUUUUAUUCUAAGUUGAUUUAAGUUUAGUUGACUUCUAAAUAACGUCGGAGUAUGCAUAGGGACAUUAAUGAGAGCAACGUACGUAGUGUAAAAAAGUCGCGUGAAACAUUAAUGACAAGGAUAUUAUAAAAAAAGUCACUUGCAACCAAUAUUUUUUCCUUUUUCAUCCUAUAAAUAUCCCUGACAUCAAAAAAGGAAGAGAGCAAGAAACGAAGAGAGAAUCAGACAAUGGGGAGACCGCUUAUGGGAAAGGAGAGCGUAGCUAGCAGAGGUCAAUGGAGUCCUGAAGAGGAUCUUGUACUUGCAUCAUACGUUCAAGAAAAUGGUUCAUGCAAUUGGCAAUAUGUUCCAAAAAAUACUGGUUUGGAGAGAUCAGGCAAGAGUUGUAGACUCCGAUGGGUAAACCAUCUUAAACCUGGUUUGAAAAAGGGCAGUUUCACUGCUAAGGAAGACAGAACGAUUAUCCAUCUUCAGGCUGUUCUUGGCAACAAAUGGGCUGCUAUAGCAAACCAUCUGCCUGGAAGGACUGACAAUGACAUUAAAAAUCAUUGGAAUAAGCAUUUGAAGAAGAUUGCAGAAAUUACUCAAGACAACUACAGUGACAAGCACCGAUAUGGGAGUAGUAGUAAUGUUACUACCAAUGCACGUCACCAGGCCCCUAGUCAUACUACAACUCUACCACUCGUUUCACUGGGACUCAGGUCCCCCCCUUCUACAGUGGCAACAGGACCAUUGCUCUCGCCAGACUGUAUGAGCUUCAAGUCGUCUUGUGGCCGGAAUCUCAGAGCCCAUCGAUCGCUUGCAGAUCCUGCAAAUCAUGACCAGUUUCGUAGCCAAGCAGCCCCUGUUACUCCAACUUUUAGUUACCCACAUGAGCCAUAUGUUUUCAACUGUGAAAAUAUAGCGAUAUGGCUACAGAUGUGGAAUAAACAAGACCACUAGAUCAAAACUAGUUAAUGAUGAGGUGGAAGAUGGUUUUGAUGGAUUCAAUGGCAUGGGAUGAUCGGAAAAUCUGAGCAAGUUCUCCUGGAAGUGCUUCAGAGAUGCAGCUACCAGAAAUGGCAAUUCAUAAAAUUUUAUUUCACCUCAGAACAGUUGUCCAUUUCAAGAUUUCUAUGUAUGUCUAACAAAUAAAGGACUUGAGUUUCAUUUCCAUAUAUGUACUAGUUAUUUAUAAAGAAUCUCAAACUUGUCGGGUUG